AUGCUGCGCUGCACCAGCACUGCCCACUGCGCCUCUCUGGAGCACGGCGUUACGGCGGCGGUGGUGGAUGACUGCGGCGCCGCCUGCGGCCCCGGGGAUGUGCAGCUGAAUUCUUUCGUGUUCAGGGAGCUGAGCAGCAAGCCGGCGGCUCCCUCAAACGCCUUCCCAGUCGCCUGGCAGCUCACGCCGUCGCCAGCUGUGGGGCAUGCCCAGCCUUCCCAAGCACCAGCACCAGAGCAACCAGCAUACGAGGACGAUGAGGCAGGCCCAGGGGAGCAGGCGGGGGCAGAGGCGGGAGUCAUCAAGGCCUUUGAGCAAGCACUGGUGCUGGCACCGGUGACCGGCCUGCUGGCCGCACCAGCUAAUGGCUUGCUUGCGGCGCCACUGGGUGCCCCCAUCAGCCUGGUGCCCGCAGCUGAGGCAGCAGCAACUGCUGCGCCGCCCAAGGUUGUGGCGUUUGCGACAGCGGCGCCAGCGGCGGAGCCGCCACGCCCCGCAGCAGCCGCACCACCAGCGGAGGAGCAGGCAGCCCCGGCGACAGAGCAGCCGCUCCCAGCGGCAGAGGCUGCAGCUGUGGCAGAGGUUGCUGAGGAGGACUUGAGCCCUGCCGUAGCCCCAGCACCAUCAGCUGAAGUGGCCCCGCUCGAGCCCCCUCCGCCUGAAGCCGAGGCGCCAGCUGCUCAGCUGGACCCCCGUAUGCAGCCAGGCAUGCCGCCUCCGGCUCCACCUCGGGCAGAGGCCGCAGCCCCUGCCAUGGAGAGCUUGCAGCCUGCAGCAGUGGGGCCCGCUGCCGCCGGCGAGCCCCCUGCAGCUGAACCAGCCAUGGCAGCCCAGGCGCCAGGCGAGGAGCCACCUCAGCUAAGCGCUGGCAUGCCGGCCGCUGCGCCGCCUGCGCCAGAGGGAGAAGCUCCACCGGCAAUGGCAGUAGAGGCGCUGCCGCUCCCCACGCCGCUGGUCCAGCCUCCUGCACCUGCAGCAGCAGAUCCCAGCGCGCCGGCGGCAGAGAUGCCAGCUGGACGGGCCGAAGCCGAGCCGGGCCCCACGGCAGCAGCCGGCGGCGAGCGCUUCUCGGGCACCGCCCGGGCCGGCUCCUGGCCGUCGUGGCGCGAGUUUGGGGACUUGGCCUGCGGCCUGUCGGGCAUCGCCCCAAACUUUCAGAGCGACUAUGGGGCCGUCAAGCUGGAUCUGCACAGCCGCGGCGUCGCCGCCUGCGGCCGCUGCAUCAAGGCCACCUGCGCCAACGCCAGCGCCUGCUCGGCCGGCACCGGCGCCGCCCUCUUCCUCGUGCUGGACGACUGCGGGCACUGCGGCGGCGGCGACCUGCUGAUGAGCCCGAAUGCCUUAAGGCUGAUGGCAGGCGUGGCCGAGGGCGCCGCCUCGCCGCCCUCGCUGGCAGUGGAGUGGGGCUUUGCCGACUGCGGGCGCGUGGCUUGGGACAUCUACAUGCAUGUCCUGCCCGGCGGCAGCCAGCACUACCAGGCGGUGACGUUCAGCAACACGGGGCAGCCGCUGGCGGGCGCCCGCAUCGCUGGCCGGCCGCUGUCCCACUCCGACCACCGGUGGGUGUGGCAGGGCGACGGCGGGCGCAGCGAGCUGGCCGGGCUGCUGACCAUAGAGCUGACCAGCAUGGCAGGCAAGCCGUGCCUGCACACAGCAUGGCAGACCAUCAGCGCCCAGGUUGCCAGCCUGGACAGCCAGGCGCUGCCGGGCAUACGGUUUGCCCCGCCAGGCGCCGCCGCCGACUGA